AUGGCAUGCUCAGAUGUCUGGCCACCUUCUUCCUUGACAGCAUCGCAUGCCGCUUUCAACGUAGACCCGCCGAAGGGCGACGACAUGCCGCCUCGUCCUACAGUCCCUUCGACCACGACUUCGCAUACACCUGCUAUGGACCCUUCUUACCAUGUCCAGCUCGGUGGAUAUUCAGAUCGCGGCAUGGACGGCUCUGGGUAUCGAUUUGGUUACCAUGAUCCACGAAAUUUGGAUCUCAACUCACUGCGUCAUACGAUCGGCGGCGAUACGCAAGGUUCGUGGCUUCACGAUCUCAAAACCGUUCCAGCAACCCAAAGCUCAAUGCCAGCUCACCAUGCCUACGCAACAGCACCCGUGCACCAACGUUUUCCCUCCAUGUCAUCCAGCGUCUUCAGCGAGGAUCGCACCGUGCCUCUCUCCGAUCAUGGUUCCGACCUAAGCUCAGAAUACUCCGAUCUGUUUCAGAUCUCGGCGCUUCCCUUUCAGAACGCCCGUCCAUACCAUGCCUCGGAGCAUACAGCGCUUGGAGGUGUCUAUCCUGAACCGCAGCAGAUAACCCUGCCGGGUUUUGUCGUCGAGGAGCUCAAGCAACUCAAGCUGGAAAACAUGGCGCUCAAGCGCAUGGCACAGGAGCUUGUCAUGUCCAACAAUGGCCGCAUCUCUGCCGGCGGUCAGGCUCCGGAUCAAGCAUCGGCACAAUGCAUUCACCACCCGCCCACGUCGACACCGCCUCGACUGCAGCGCGUCCUGAAUGGCGCAGAUCCGGUGUCGGCUUACGCCGAGGUCAAUCGCCAGUCGAACGUGGCACCAGUGCCCGUCAUGAAGGCGCGCGAAGUCGGUGCAUCCGCAUCCAUGUGGGCACCAGAGAGACGUCUUUCCGAGCCUCUUGCUCACGAAAAGGGGAACACGCCUCCCUGUGCUGGUUCAAAGCCAUUCAGGGCCAGCGAUGAUUCGGCUGCAGAGCUGUGCAGACGCGUCGCCAUGGAUAGCAACAGUCCGGUCCCGUUUUUGGGGUAUCGACACAUGACUCGCACCGAUGGUCCACUGGAUGUAGGUGUCCCGAACGCUGCCGGCUCCAGCGCUUUGACGGCCAGCUCGACCGGCAGCUCGCCAGGUCCAGCCCACCUCGUGAACUCAUCAAAACACGAAAACGCUCCUGCGUCUGCGCUCGUCACCAUGAUCCUCGACAGACGUGGUCAGGAAGCGAGCGUGUUGCUCCAGCAGCAGCUCAAGACUGCAAGUGCCGAGCGACGUGCCGAGAUCAUUGAUGCCAUCUGUGCCAGAAUUGUGCCUCUCUCCCACGAUCGACAUGGCAACUUCCUCGUUCAAAGCGCGAUCGAUGCCGAAUCUGACAUCGCUCGGCACGUCCAAGGCGCCUUUGUGGAGCUCACCAUGUCUCAAUUCGGGUGUCAUGUCGUUCAGAAGGCGCUCGAGGGCGGCGAGGACAUCCGCGAAGCUGUCACUAAAGAACUGCUCGGCUCUCGUCUGGAUCAGACGCUCACCUCUCGCCACUCGAUCCACGUCUGGCAGCGCAUCCUCGAGACCGAAUGGAGCCGUGCGUCUUUCAGGGAGCAGAUCUUUGCGGCGAUCAACAGGCAGCUCAAAGGGCAAUGGGCACAGAUGGCUCGACAGGAGACGGGCAGCAUCAUCUGUCAAAACAUCUUCGAGUCGGCCCAGCCCGCCGAAAAGGCGCAGUGCAUGCAAGAGGUGCUCGAGCAGCUCGACGAGUGCGCCAUGAACCAGUGGGGCGUUUGGGUGGUGCAGCACAUCAUCGAGCAUGGAUCCGAGGACGAACGCAGAGCCGCACUGCAAGGCCUCGUCCGUUCGGCUUCCAAACUGACCCUGUCACAGUACGGCCAGAAGGCGGUGAUGAGCGGACUCAAGACGGGUGAUCGACAAUUCCUGCAAGAUUACGUCGAGGCCAUGUGCCACAGCUCGCAGCCGCGUCGACCGCCCCUGGUCGACGUAUGCCUUGCCUCGCAUGGCAUCCAGAUUGUGACGCAGCUGCUGACGACGGUGGACCAAAAGACGCGCGAUCGCAUCAUCUCGACGGUGCGGCGCAACUCGGUGUUUCUCAAGGGGAGCAAGGCGGGUAUGAAGGUGCAUCAGCUAUGCGAGCGAGCGCGAGCGUUCGCCGGAUACUGA